GGCGUGGUCCAGCACACGCUGCUCCAGGCCAAGCUCAGAGAGAAGUCCAACAUGACCAGAGACAUGCACGCCACUAACAUCCCCGAGCCGGCCGCCCUCACCGCCACCAACAGCCCCGGGCCCUUCAUGUAGACCUGAGAAGAAAAAUCCACGUUAAUUUGUUUGAUCUAUUCAACCGUGUCAUUACAAUGAGCGGCCACCAGGUGUCAGCCGGUGGAAGAAGUGUCACCACCGGAAGUGCCGCUUUGAGCUGGAGAGGAGCAGGUGAAGGUCGUGCUAAGCUAAUGCUAAUAAUGUGGCUGAUGGUGGAGGCGACGAUGCGUCACUGCAGAAGUUCUCUGUCUGUGUGGACACCACGACCACGGAGGGCAGAGGUCACCGAUCACAUUGUCAUGGCAACACGAGUGCUCAUGAUGAAGUUAUUAUGGGGUGGAUUUGUUGAGGCGGGGUGCCCCCGGAGGCCGAGUAACAAAUGUGCCUGGCCCUGCUACUGGUCCACAACCCGGGGCUUGGGGACAUCUGGUGCAGAGGACAGUAAACAGAAGUCAAACAGUGGACCGAGGACGAAGCAGGAAGUGUUGGCCGUCCGUCCUGGACACACGGACAGACUCGUGAGAAGGAUUCUGGGUAAACAGAGGUGUGUCACCGUAUCAGUCUUCAGGUUCUGGUCCAUCAUGUCCACCAUAGUUCAGGCCACCGGGCUGCUCAUGGGAAUCGUGGGCUGGCUGGUGACCGGAGUGGCGCUGGCCAACGACUACUGGAAGAUCUCCGCCGUGACCGGCAGCGUCAUCAUCUCCCAGAGGCAGUUUGAAAACCUCUGGCACUCCUGCGCCGAAAACAGCGCGGGAAUCGCAGAGUGUCGGGACUUUGAGACUCUGCUGGGUCUUCCAGUCCACGUCCAGGCCUGUCGAGCCCUGAUGAUCAUGGCUCUGCUGCUGGGUCUCGGGGCUAUGGUCGUGUCUCUGCUCGGCGUCAAGUGCAUCAGGAUCGGGUCGACCACGGACCAGACCAAGGCCCGGAUGGCGGUGACUGGAGGAGUCCUGAACAUCCUGUCUGGUCUGCUCUGUCUGACGGCCUGUUCCUGGUACGCCUACAGGGUGGUGCAGGACUUCAACAACCCCUUCUACGUGGGCCUCAAGUUUGAGCUGGGCACCGGUCUGUUCCUGGGAUGGGGCGGGGCAAGUCUGUCCAUCCUGGGCGGGGCUUUACUCUGCACCGCCUGCAGCGCCGCCUCAGGACAAAAGAAGAAGAGCGAGGCCUUGUAUGGAAACCAACCAAAGAAGGUUUAUACUGCCAUCACCAGGUCUGAGCCGGAAUCAUCACGGGCCUACGUCUGAGGAACACACACACACACACACAUAAUCCUAGUGCUAAACUCUGCUGCCCCCGUGUGGUCAUAAAUGUCUAGGAUUUUCUUUCAUCGUUUUUUUAGAAUUAAAACUUGAGUCAAAACUUGAGAAAAAGUUUUUCAUCUUUUUAUGUUUCCUGAUUAAAGUUUGUUAAACUGAAA